AUCAUUCCCGAAAGCACACAAUUGUGCAACUUUGUCGUUCUCUGCGAUGGCAAUAAUUUAUUGCUAAUUGAGUCCGAAGUUUAUUGGGAAUCGUUCAGGCACGUUUUGAAAACCGCUCAAAUGCUGAACUUGACCGCAUUUCCCCUGGAAAAAUAUAUUGUUCGUGCUAUCACCGACGUUGAACCUCCACCCGCACUCUUAGAUCCACGACUGGAUCCUGACCAAGAGAUCAUGUUGUCUUCCGAACAAAGACGGUACAAUAUAAAUCCUUUGACAGUUCAAACCUGGUCAUCAGCUGAUGUGCUUGGAUUGGAUGCCAAUCAAUUUGAAGCUUUCAGGGCGGCUUUAACCAAACGAUUCGUAAUUAUACAGGGCGCACCCGGAACAGGUAAAACUUAUGUUGGUCUUCGUGUCGUUGAAGCGAUCUUACAGAAUCCUCGGUUCAGGACUGGACUAAAAGAACUUCCCGAAGAUUUGGACAUGUUUUGGGAGUACAAAUCGCCGUUGCUUUGCAUUUGUUGUACAAAUCAUGCGUUGGAUCAGUUUUUGGAAGGCAUAGUGGGCAUAAUGAAUAAAAAUUUCUUGAACCCAAAAAUAGUGCGCGUUGGAGGACGAAGCAAAUCAACGAUCUUGAGCGAAUUUAAUCUACGAGAAAUCGUCCGACGAAUCCAUGAGUGGACUCCAUUGGAGAAAUUUAAAGGAGAACGAAGAGAAAAUGAAGCAACUCCAAGAUCGUAUAAAGAAUCACAAACAAACCACUGCGGAAUUAGAGUGGCCUACCGGUAUGUACACACAAUUUCUGGAGAACAAAAUUUUCUUAAGAUACGGAGCUUGGAAGCUAAUCACGGUGCGGUUGAAUGA